GGGGGCAGAUGUGUUCAACACAUGUAAUUACGAGGACUUCAUAUUCACUGUCAUACUGUGAGUAGACCUAAAGGCAACCAGGACUGUAAUCCUUUGAGUACUGUACAACCAAAACCUUUGGACGGAACCGUUUUAGGGGAGUAGGGUGCUUCCAUUGAAGCUAACUGUAGCUAGCUUAGCUAGCAUAGCGGGGGAAGUUUUACCAUCGCUGCUUAGUGACGUUCAACUUUAUCCAACUCGACCAAGCUAGCCAGGCAGGUGAGGGUAGAGCUAAAAGCAAGGACGGACCUGAAAAUCUACAAGGGUAAGAUCUUUAUUUUCCUGACUGUCUAACAGUCGCUAGCCACUAGAGUUGGCUGAUUAGCCGGUCCGACUUCCUUGUGUGUUUCGAGGUCAUUCUGUAGCCUCCAUCUACGAUAGCCAGCUGUUAUCGAGGAGCUAGUCAUGAAAAGCCUUCCGUUUUUCUGCCGCGGAGAGGUCAUCCGAGGCUUCGGGAGAGGAAGCAAAGAACUGGGUAUACCCACAGCCAACUUCCCUGACUCGGUGGUGGACAAUCUUCCAGCAGACAUUGGCACAGGGAUCUACUAUGGCUGGGCCUGCGUCGGUAAUGGUGAUGUCUACAAGAUGGUGAUGAGCAUUGGCUGGAACCCUUACUACAAAAACACCAAGAAGUCCAUGGAGACCCAUGUGAUUCACACAUUUAAAGAGGACUUUUAUGGGGAGAUUCUGAGUGUUGUCAUGGUGGGCUACAUCCGUCCAGAGAGAAGCUUCAACUCACUUGAAGCGCUUAUUGCAGCCAUAAACAACGACAUUGAGGAGGCCAAGGCCAAGCUGGAACUCCCAGAGCAUCUCAAACUGAGAGACGACAAUUUCUUCACCAGUGCUCCCAGCUCAUCCUCAGCACUGCCCCACACUAGCGCUUCCACAUCACAGACUAUUAUGAAUGGUCACUGACAGCUGGCCGUGACUGUUGCACUGCACGCAGACACACACACACACACACACACACACACUCACACACACUCACACACACACACACACACACACACACACACACUAGAAAAACACAAAGGAUUCUAUACACACACAGGUGUAUGCACUUAUUAAAAUGCACAGCCUCAUUCUAAGAUCUCUUAGCUGUUGUCAAGGCAGCAGAUGGACUUCAUCAUCAAUAUCUUUUUUAAAUUGUGUUUUUCUUUUAUUUCCUCAUUGUGUCCGUGUUUGAAGAACCGUUUAUCUUCCUGUAUGGGUAUAUAUCAGAACCAGAUUGCCUCAUCUAACAGCAUCAUUGUGUAUAAAUCUCUUCGGUGUCAAUGGUCCGGCUGUAUAGUUUGAGUCUUUUAUAUGAGAAGGUACCUAAAACUGCAAAUUUUAGGAUGAAGGUGACCCAAACAUAACAUUUUGUAAUGAUCUGUAUGUAACGAAAUGGACCGUAAACAAUAACCAAACUCUGUGAAGACUACAUAGCCAACAUUGAAAAAUUCGAUAUUUAUAAUUUCCUAUCUGCUGACAUAUGCUUCUGUGUCAGAAGGUUUGGGCACCAUCAUCUUUAACAAAAUCACUGGUUGUUGUAUGACUUUAUGCAACAAUGAGACUAAAUGCAAGGCUUCUGUGUGAAGAGGGGGAGAUUAAAUUAUAAAUGAUGUAAAUUUUAUGUUUUUAAAGUAUCCUUGCUUCCUCUUCUCAUUUUCCUUGAGAGAAAAUGUUUUUCCAGUGUGAAACCAACCCUCUAUUGUUUAUCACUGCCCAACAGAACAACAAGUUUAUUACAUCAAAUCAGAGAUUGAAUUUGGGGUUUUUGAUGCAUUUUGCGGAAAAAAAUCUCAUAGGGAUUAUUUGAUUUGCUGCAGAAUGGUAAUUUAUUUAAAUGUUGACAAAAACAUGCUCCAACGAUAGUCUUUUAAACUAGCUUCAGCAAAUUCACCAGUAUCAGCCUGUUUGGUCAGUAGAGAACUGCAGAUGAUCACUAAGCACAUUUUUAUGCACGUUGUUUUUACUGCAGCUGCUUAAUGUUUAGACCUACAGUCUGUUAGUUUCUGUGGGUUUGUUACUGAUAGUAAAACAUUGACAGGUGAUUGGAGAUGAAGUGUAAGGCCCACAGCCCCUGUUCCCUGCUCUGAUAUUUACAAAGGGCAAGAUCAGUAUGGACUUUAAAUUUAUACCAUAAAUAUAUUCAAAAGGAUGAUCAUGCAGAAAAACCCACAAGAAUAUUCUUGAUCUUGCCUAAAUAUAUACAUCACAGUUUCAUUUUUUCUUGAGGUCUUUAAAUUUUUUUUACAAAUGUGUUCAAAAACUAGCUCUCAUUACAAUGCUUUUUAGGUCUGUGUGUGUUUGUUCGUGUGCGCGCCUGCACUUGUUUAGCUUUUACAAACCUAACCCAAGUGUGUAAAGGUCUUAGAAGCCUUGUAAAUAAUUGUUUUAAAUGAAUGAAAUAUAAGAGUAUAGCUAUGUGAUAAUUUGGAUUUAAGUCUGUGUUAUAUUUUAGUUAUCCAGGUACCUUUCUAUUCUCAGUCUGGAAGUUUUUGUACUUUUCCUUUUUAUCAGUUUCUUUACUGAGAGGGAAAUGACUGAAAGAAUCAAUACAGGAAGCAGUACUUCACUGCAAUCGUGUCAUGUCAGUCAUCAAAUCGACUGCCGUGUGAAAGCUAUUCCUCCAUGCUGAACACUACAUUAUUCAUUAUAUUCAUCCUUUAAAGCAAUUAAUGUACCGAAGGACUCUCACUGUAACUUUGAAUUGUAAUGUGCUACUGCUUCAAACCUGUCAAAGAUUUUAAAGGGCUAGUGUGUAGGAUUCAGGGCCAUCUGUUGGCAGAACUGGCAUAUAAUAUUCAGAACUAUGUUUGCAUUAGUUUAUAAUCACCUGAGGAUAAGAAUCAUUGUGUUUCUGUUACUUUGGAAUGAGCCUUUUAUAUCUACAUAUGGAGCAAGUCCUCUCCCACAAAUCCGCCAUGUUUUUCCACAGUAGCCCAGCACAGACAAACCAAACACUCACUCUAGAUAGGGCCAUUUAUAUUUUUGUGUCAGCCACUGUCAUUUACUAAAUCCUACACACUGGAACUUUAAGAGGGAUGUUUUCACAACCCUGACACAUUUAACCCCUGCUGCUGUAGGGUCAGAUGUUCUCGAGGCUCAUAUGUUGCGAUCAUUUUAUCUAGUUUACACAGGGACCAGGGUUACUGAACAUACAGCUAAAGGUUCAACACCUCUUAUAUGUUUCAUUCUUGUGUUAUCUGUAAUUUAAUCAAAUAAAUAGUUUUGUCAAAUUUA